GAUAGAGCGUGCCGAGGCUCCAUCUUUCAGACCCAGACUUGCGUUAGCCCUUCUGUAGCGGUUGCGGUUCGAAGCGGAGUUCGGGAGACGUCUCGCAAGCAUCGGAAGGCGACAGCGUCUCCUAGAGCGCACGAGGGCUCAACCGUUUUCCCCAGAUUUCUAACUAGGUCCUGCUCCGAUUUCAUUGGCGAAGAAGAGCGUUACCCAUCUGAGCCCCGAAAGAAGCAUGUGAUAUCCGCAUCGCUGGUCCGCGGUUGGAAGUGAGCUCCGACGUCCUUUCAAUGCCUCUUGAUAUUUUGAAAAGGAACCUUCAUAUAUCAAAGCCUCUUCAAGUAUGAGUCUCUAAGCAUUCCUCGUCUGCUUACCCUCGUCAUGGAGACUCUCAAUUUUCCAAUCGACGUUUCCGGCCUCCAAUCCACCCUUCAUCCGCUCCUCCAAACCAUCAAAAGUUCACCAAUUAUCGAUACACUGAAGCCCUCUACAACUGCAGAUAGUGUGGCUGUGCUCCUCUUCCUCCUCUCCGCUCUCGGAUACCUCACGCGCGGCCGCGUCUGGGACAGACCGGACCCGAACUACAAGAUCUACUUCGAGCGACCACAGCUGGUAGAUGGCGAGUCGAGCAGCAAGACAGCCGCAACACGCAACAUCGCACAAUGUCUCGAAGAUGGGAGCUACCAGGCUGUCAUAUUCUGGGGCUCGCAGUCUGGCACAUCCGAGCGCUUCGCUGAGAUACUUGCCCGCGAGUGCUUAAUACAUUUUGGCAUCCGCGCACUGGCCGCAGACCUAUCUGACUACGACGCGGAGAGUAUUGCAGCUAUUCGGGGGACGCACUUCGCCAUUUUCAUUCUGAGCACCUAUGGCGAAGGCGACCCCAGCGACAAUGCUGCUGGUCUCUGGGACUGGAUCAAGCGUGUUAAGGAAGAGAACACGAAGCUCGACAGCCUUCGAUACCUAGCUCUUGGCCUCGGCAAUAGCAACUAUAAGUACUACAACCGCGUUCUCGACGCUGUAGUGCAAGUUCUCGACGCGGCUGGAGCAACGACGCUUGUGCCCUCAAGGAGAGCAGACGAUGCUCGGGGAGCAACCGAGGAAGAUUUCCAGUCGUGGAAGGACGACGUGUUUGCCCUCUUCCGUCGUAUGGGCUAUGAGGAGAAGAGUGUGGAAUACCAACCUACCGUAAAAGUUGAACUGAGAGCCGCGCCCGACCCCCAGAACGACGUUGCACACCAGAUCUCUGUGCACCACCAGCAGUCGAGCACCAAUUCUGCUAUCCUUCCUCUCCCUGUAAAGAACGCUCGAGAGCUCUUCACUGCCGGCGAUCGGAACUGCAUUCACAUGGAGCUCGAUCUUGGAAACAAUGAUAUUGUCUACAAGACUGGUGACCAUAUCGGGAUUUGGCCUUGUAAUCCCGACGAAGAAGUUCAGCGCCUGCUGCAUGCCCUUGGUCUUGAGGCGCGCAGGAGUGAUGCGCUCGAAGUUUCUCCUCUAGAUGGCUCGGCAAAACCGAAGGUGCCGUCUUUGACUACACUUGAAGCAGCACUGCGUCACCACCUUGAGAUAUGUUCCCUGGUCUCGCGCAAGACGGCCUUGGACCUUGCUCAAUUCGCUCCUACUCCCGAAGCGAAAACGAUGAUCUUGGAGAUUGGUGAGGAUCGCGAACGCUACGCACAGCUCAUCUCGACCACGCACGUAACUCUCGCCCGGCUGCUGCAACUCGCCAGUCCCACAGCCCCAUGGACUUCUCUCCCUCUCUCCUUCGUCAUCGAGAACGUUCUGCCAUUGCAACCGCGCUACUACUCAAUCUCCUCAAGCUCCGUCAUCUCGCCCCGAAGGAUCGCCAUCACAGCUCUCGUAGUCAACAAGGCCCUGCCGGGUAAAACGGGAAGCACCAUCCAGGGUCUAACGUCGAACUACAUCCUCUCGGCUUCCAAGCUCCCAUCUAAUGCCUCAAUCCCUACCCCUUCCUUCCAGCACACAGCUUACGACAACAUGGAAAGCGGCAGAGUCUUCGCCCACGUCCGCAAAUCUAAAUUCAAACUUCCCAUCACUUCAUCCACACCACUCAUUCUUAUCAGCGCAGGCACCGGCUUCGCACCCUUCCGCGCCUUUCUUGCCGAGCGCACUAAACUCCACGCUAUCGGCAAGCCCGUUGGCAAGAUCCUCUUGUUCUUCGGGUGUCGCAGCGCGCACUCGGACUUCAUAUACCGCGAAGAGCUCGAGAAGAUGCAGAACAGCCUUGGGGACAAGCUUGAAAUUGUAACAGCGUUCUCGAGAGACGGUGAUAAGAAGGUGUACGUUCAGGAUCGAGUAGAGGAGUAUGCGGGGGAGAUACUCGAGAUGCUUGAUGCCGGUGCGAAUCUGUAUGUAUGCGGCAAAGCGAGUAUGGCAAGGGAGGUGGAUGGGAAGAUCGAGGAGGCUGCUGCGACGGUGAAGGGGCUGGGAGAGACUGAGGUGAAGGCUUGGACCGAUGGGUUGAAGAAGCGUGGGAAGUGGAAGGCAGAUGUGUGGGGGUAG